UGAUGAUUGCAAGUAAAAGCCGGCAAAAAUCUAGCUACAAAUGCCGAUCCGCCCAAUGAUUUCAGACGGCACAUAUAGCUUGUUUGAAAGGAUGAAUACAAUUAUAUCCGUCAAAGAGAACUUAUGCAAACUUCAAUAUGAUAUCAAAUAAAUUAAUGUGACAAGAUGAAAACUUAUCUAGAUCGAAAGGAGGCGGCAAACUUCUCCGCGUCUGAAUGUUUCUCCGCCUGCUAUCUUCUUGGGGUGGACUAUCUAUUGUAUCAAGCAUAUCACUCUCAAAAUAAGAUUCGAUUCAAACACACAGGAAAAAUCAUGGUGGAGGGAGUCAGAAUUGAACAUCCAACGUCCAAAAUCUUGAGUUCAGGGAAAAUUUCGAAGCAGCAAAUAAGAUUCGAUUUGAACAGAAAGGGAAAAUCAUCGUGGAGGGAGUCAGAAUUGAAUCUGUGACGGCCAAAAUCUCAGAUCAGGGGAAAUUUUGAAGUAGUAAAAAAUUUAAAUCAGGGAAAUGGAUGAUAUAAGGAGACAUUUAUGUUUAAUGUGUCUAAUUUUUCUUGUAUCUGGAGUAAGGUCUCAGCUUGACGAGAGCUUUGAUUCGGUUUCACGGCGUAUAUACGAAAGCAUCGAAUUGAUGACUGGAAAUAUCACCAACGAAGUUGCCGAUAAGUUCCCUUUCUGUAUAACGGACGUAGAUAAAGAACGGAAUGAUGCUUUUAAUUUCUCUUCAAAUCCGGACUUUUUAUCGCUUUGUCUGUUGGAAACCGACGGAGACAUGUUGCGGAGGCUCUGUAGUGUGGCAGAGGUCAAAUUCUACUUCAAUACCUAUGUGCGAACUGGUGAUGCAUAUGUAAACAAUAAUUGUAAUUCUUCAUCCUGGGGUCCAGGAUGUGAACCAGGAUGGUCAAGUACUACUUCUACCGUGUUUGAUCUUCAGAAUCCCACAAAGUGGCCUGCUCGAACUGAAAAUUCUAAGCCAUGCUGCUCUGGAUUUUUCUGUCCUCGUGGUUUGACAUGCAUGAUUCCAUGCCCCUUAGGUGCUUACUGUCCAAGAGCCAAGUUGAAUAGUUCUACAGGUUUAUGUGACCCAUAUAGCUAUCAGUUGACUCCUAGAGGGGUCAAUCAUACUUGUGGAGGAGCAGAUCGAUGGGCUGAUGUUAAGAGAACAGAUGAAGUUUUCUGCUCGGCUGGAUUUUAUUGUCCAACUACCACAGAAAGAACAAUCUGUAGUGAUGGGCACUAUUGCAGACUGGGGUCUACAUCACAGAGUAGAUGCUAUCCAUUUACAACUUGCGAGCCAAAUUCAACUAACCAAAACAUUCAAGCUUAUGGCGUGAUGCUUAUUGUCAUAAUAAUAACCUUGCUUUUGCUCAUCUACAACUGUUCUGAUCAAUUGCUCGUCAUUCGUGAAAGAAGAAGAGCCAAAGCCAGGGAAGCAGCAGCUAGGUCUGCAAGGGAGAGCAUGCGGGCACGCGAGCGAUGGCAAUUAGCAAGAGAAGCUGGAAAACGCUGGGCAAGUAAACGUCAGAGACAACUGAGUAGAACAUUUUCAUGCAUCCAAUCUAGUAAGAAUCCUGAAGAAGAGGAGACUUUGGCUCCUUCUGGACCACUUCUCUCAGAUGAUGUUUCAUUUGUUCAUCUGUCAACUAUUCCUGAAGAAAAUGUGGAACAAAAAUCAUCUGUAGAAUUAAGAGAUCUGUAUGAGAUACAACCUUCUUAUAUUGCUGACCAGGAGGAGGAUCCUAAGAAGGAUCCUUCGUUAGCUUUUAUUGAUCCUAAUGUUAAUCAUCACAAAGCAAAUAAGCAUCAUAUUGGCCAUAGUCGUAUUCAUCUUUUUGAGUAUGCUUAUGGUGAAAUAGAAAAGGAAAAGAUGACACAGACAAAUCACUUGACUUUGAUGGAUGCCAUUUCAAAAGCUACUUUAGGUGGGAUUAAAAGUCGGCCUCAAAUUGAAGUUUCUUUCAAAGAUCUCAGCCUCACUCUUAAAGGGAAUGGAAAGAAAAUUUUGAGGAAUGUGACUGGAAAACUGAUGCCAGGACGUAUUGCUGCUGUUAUGGGUCCUUCUGGUGCUGGAAAGACUACAUUUUUGAAUGCUUUGGCUGGCAAGGCGACGGGCUGUGUUGUGACAGGUUCUGUCCUUAUUAAUGGAAAGCCAGAGUCAAUAUAUUCAUACAAGAAAAUAAUUGGUUUUGUUCCACAAGAUGAUAUUGUACAUGGCAACUUGACAGUAGAGGAGAAUCUUUGGUUUAGUGCUAGAUGCAGGCUUCCUGUUAGCAUGCCAGAAGAAGAAAAAGUUUUCAUUGUUGAACGUGUCAUCGAAGCUUUGGGGUUGCAGUCUGUGCGAGACUCACUAGUUGGUACAGUGGAAAAGCGAGGAAUCUCUGGAGGACAGAGAAAACGAGUAAAUGUUGGUCUUGAGAUGGUGAUGGAACCUUCUCUUUUGAUCUUAGAUGAACCAACAUCUGGUUUAGACAGUACUUCUUCGCAAUUGCUACUAAAAGCUCUUCGGCGUGAAGCUUUAGCUGGAGUGAACAUAUCUAUGGUACUUCAUCAACCAAGCUACGGAUUGUUCAAGAUGUUUGAUGAUAUAAUGCUGCUGGCUAAAGGUGGAUGCACGGUGUAUCUUGGACCGGCAGACGAAAUUGAAAAAUACUUUUCAAGCCUUGGAAUUAAUGUCCCUGAUCGUAUCAAUCCACCCGACCACUUUAUGGAUAUCUUAGAGGGGAUCGUAAAGCCUGAUGGAAAUCCAAAUUUUGAGUGCAAUGAUCUUCCUAUCAAAUGGUUGUACAGUAAUGGUUAUGAGAUUCCAGUAGACUUACAGAAAGCUUCUGCAAGAGGCAGUAAUACAAAUAACAACCCUUCUAGUUCUGACAAUGGAAACAUAAAAACUUUUGGACAGGAUCUAUGGGAAGAGGUGUGGUGUAACAUUGAGUUAAAGUGGGAUAGCAUUAGGCAUAGCUUCUUAAGGGUAAAAGAUUUUUCUAAUCGUCAGACUCCAAGUUUCUUCAAACAAUUUAUACUCUUUUUACGGAGAGUUGCCAAACAGCGUUUCCGGGAUGCCAGGGUACAAGCACAAGAUUACCUUAUUUUAUUGCUUUGUGGAAUAUUUAUGGGAAUUCUGGCUAAAGUAAAGGAUGAGGACUUUGGAUUUGCUGGGUACACAUAUACGAUAAUUUCAAUGUCUCUUCUGUGCAUGAUAGCAGCAUUGAGAACAUUUUCUCAGGAUAAAAUGCAUUACUGGAGAGAGAGUGCUGCUGGAAUGAACAGAGUAGCAUAUUUUGCUGCCAAAGAUAGUAUUGAUCACUUCAAUACAGUGAUUAAGCCACUCGUUUAUCUCUCCAUGUUCUAUUUUUUUAACAAUCCACGAUCAACAUUUGCAGCAAAUUAUAUUGUGACACUUGUAAUGGUUUAUUGUGUGGAAGGAAUUGCUUACAUAUUUGCCAUAACUCUCAAUCCGGGAUCAGCUCAGCUGUGUUCUGUGCUUUUUCCUGUUAUUUCCGUUCUGCUAGCAACUCAGAAAGAGCCGGUUGGAAUUAUGAAGCAUCUCAUGAAAGCAAACUAUUCACGUUGGGCUCUUGAGGCAUAUAUGAUAGCAAAUGCAAAAAUGUAUUCUGGUGUCUGGUUGAUAUCUCGUUGUGGUGCACUGUGGGGCAGAAGGUACAAUCUACAUGAUUGGAUCACUUGUAUUGAGGUUCUUGUUGGUAUUGGAGCAUUAGCUCGGUUGGUAGCUUUUAUUUGUUUGCUUUCCUUUAAUAGGAAAAGGCAAAGGUGAUGUAUAAUAUCUAAAUUCUAGAAAACAUGUUGCAUUGAGAUGUAAAAUUAAAAUAUUUGUGGUAUACUAAAUUUAUUCUUUGGAAAUUAUUUGUUAUUUCAUCAAAAAAAUCUGUAAUGCUACAAUGAUACUAGAGUGUAUUGUGUCAA